AUGGCGACUAUUCAUGAUGACGAUGAGCUUUUGUUGGCUCGAAUUGGGUAUAAACAGGAAAUGCGACGGGAGCUUUCCAAAUGGUCAACUAUUUCGUAUGCAAUCUCUAUCCUGGGAGUUCUUGGCUCCGUGCCGGCAACGUUCGGUGCACCACUGGCAGCUGGCGGCCCCGCGACAGCGGUAUGGUGCUGGCUGAUUGGGUCUUGCAUGGCCAUGUGUAUAGGCAGCUCGGUGGCAGAGCUGGUAUCAGCGUAUCCCACAGCGGGAGGGAUGUACUUUGUUACCAAGCACGUUGUGCCUCCCGAUCAGGUUCCUGUUUUCUCCUGGAUACAAGGCUGGUGCAACCUCCUCGGCCAGACAGCAGGAGUAUCUAGUGUGGCGUAUACGGUCAGUCAGAUGCUGCUGGCAUGUGUCAGUAUGAACUCGGAUUUUAUUGAUGGAAAAUAUAAAUAUGCGCCGACGGCGCUGGAGACCGUACUGGUGUCAAUUGCGAUCCUGUGUGUUCUUGGGGUUAUUUCCUCUCUGACUACAAAAUCUCUGCAUCGAAUCAUUAUUUGGUUCGCUCCCAUCAAUAUUGUGGCAACUAUUUGCAUCUGCAUUUCAUUGAUUGCACUUACACCCAACCUGCAGCCAGCUGCUUGGGUCUUUGGUCACUUUACCGAUGGGUCGGGGUGGGGUUCAAAGGCCUUCUCGUUUUUCCUAGGUUUCUUGUCGGUUGCUUGGACAAUGACUGAUUAUGACGGGACAACACACAUGUCCGAAGAGACCCAUGAUGCUGCCGUGCAGGGGCCAAUUGCUAUCCAAACAGCCGUCCUGGUAUCUGGAGUGUUCGGAUGGCUUCUUACAGUCUCCAUGUGCUUCUGCUUGACCGAUUUUGAGGGGAUUCUCAACUCUCCCACCGGUCUUCCCGCUGCCCAGAUUUUCAUCAAUGCUGGUGGAAAGCGAGGCGGCACAAUCAUGUGGGCAUUUGCCAUUCUAGUUCAAUUUUUCACGGGAUGCUCAGCCAUGCUGGCAGAUACAAGAAUGGCCUAUGCCUUUGCGCGUGACGAUGCACUUCCAUUUUCAAAGUUCCUGUCAAAGAUCAAUUCUCGGACCCACACUCCUGUUAAUGCUGUGUGGUUCGUUGUCAUCUUUAGUAUUUGCUUAAACUGUAUUGCAAUUGGCUCCACGCAAACCGCUACCGCUAUAUUCAACAUCACUGCCCCGGCACUGGACAUAUCCUAUGUGUCCGUUAUUCUCGCGCAUCAGCUUUACAAGUCCAAAGUUAAGUUCAUCGAGGGUCCUUUCACGCUCGGUAAAUGGGGCACUUGUAUCAACUAUAUCGCUAUCAUUUGGGUUAUUUUCAUCAGUACUGUUCUGUUCUUCCCGCCACAACUUCCUGUGACACCGGCGAACAUGAAUUACGCUAUCUGUGUUGGUGGUUUCAUUGCUGCAUUUGCUAUGGUGUGGUGGUGGGUUGCAGCUCGAGGAAAAUAUACUGGUCCCCAAACGAACGAUAUCAUUCGAGAGAUCCCCACCGAGGAUAGUGAUAACGACACAGAAGAGUCAGAUGACAUUGCCGCUUAG